AGAAAGAGUGAGGGUCGGCCCGUCAGACGCGUUUUGCUGAUCAGUUUCUCAAACAUCUCUGGCUUUGUCUUUUCGUACAUGUCAGUGACGGCUGUCUGUAGCUCAGAGAAAUUUUUGUUGCUCAAGACAGCACGCGGAAUGUGCGAGAUGGUUUCCGGAGGCAGGGCAGAGAGAACGUGGUAGAAUUUGGUCUGCGAGUUGGUGAUUUUGGCAAUGUUAAAUUGGGCGUCCAUAAUGGCAAACCAGCCGUCAACCGCGGUGUCCAUAAAAACCGGCGGCUUGAUCGACACAUGAUGGACCGGCUCAGCAUGAGCGGGUUCCAUCGUGCCCUCGUUCGUCAUGAUCGUUAAAGUGUAGCCGGUGUUUGCAAUGCACUGAACAAUUAAAGAUUAAAACACCGGGUGCAAAAUCCGAAAGAGCCAAUGGAACGCCGAAAUAAAAUCACCGAGAAGAUAAAUGCCUAACUAAUCACACGGCGGAGAGAUGGCACAGAAACCAUCAUGGAAAAGUGGCGCAGAAGCCACUGUGGAGCGACGGAAUAGCAAUCCAUGUGGGGGAAAUAAUAUAAAAUAAUUGAUUCGGGAAUGAGCGGAGGCGACAACCCGGAAGUAUGGAAAAAUCGAACAAGAAUCACGUCGGGGUCACCAAUAUGUGGUGCUGUGGGGCAGUUCACCACAUAUCAGUGCCUGGAUUUUACGGUAAUCAGAAAUGGAGAAUAUCAACCUGGUGCGUGUUCCAAAAAUUCAAUCAGUUCGAUCCAAACGGCCCCAAGUAAAAGAAUUAAUUAAAAGAGCGGGUUGUUAUAUUUAAAUUACCAAAACGAAGUCAAAAACCAAAACAGCGAAUCAGACAAUGGAGCGACGAAGAGACGAGAAUGAAAUCCAAGCUUGCCAAAUAUGCCCUGCCUAAUCUAAGUUAUAAAUCCCGGACAGAACGGGCCAAAUCGCGGAGCCAGACGUGACGCGUCUGCUCGGGUCAAGAGCUCGGCCUAGAAGUCGGGGGAGCGGAGCGCGCGGCCCGACGCAGCGGGCUGGGCCCCAGACAUGCGCAGAAACACUCGGAGACCACGCGGCGACGGAUCGAGCGCGGAUUGGUCAGCAGACUGCUGCAAUGCAGGCUGCAGACACGCGGUCGCCUCGUGAAAGGGUACAAUGUUCACUGGCGCCCCCUGGGCCGCCCCCAGCACCGGGGGGGGGGGGGGGGGGUAGCAACGUCACAACUCACAACAAGUCGGCGCGCGAAUCGGCAGCGCCGGCCCGGGGACUCCCGUGCCGGCCGGCGACACACGUGGUUAUUGCAUCAUCGAGACGAGGCAACGAAUAACGCAGGCGCACCACACUGUAUUGACGGAUGUGGACAAGUUGAACUGAGGCAAGAACUGAGGUGCCUUUUUGAUGCCCUCGCUCACUGGCAGUAUGCAGCUUAAAGAAGAGCUGUCAGUGGAGCGGACUGCUGCUCUGUUUUCUGAUGAAACUGCACGCUAUCAGCUGUCUGGCCGUGACUUUUCACGCCAGUUCUACCAUGUCUACUCAUCACGCCUGAAGGCAGUCGAGGAGCGCCUGCGUGCAGCCGCAGCUGAAAAAUGGGGCGGGGUGGUGGUGGUGGCCGUCUCCGAGCUGGACGAAGAGCGUGCAGAGUGUGCCGUCAUCGGCACCCUGUUCAAGCAGCAGCAGCUGAAGCCCUCCAUUCUGAAGGAGAUUAGCGAGGAGCACAACCUGAUGCCUCAGCCGCCGCGGGAGCGGUUCAUCAGCGACUCUGACCACCUGAUACUGGAGGACGAGGGCGCCAGGAUCCGACUGGAGGGAAACAUCGACCCGCAGCAGUAUGUCAAUGGUGUAGUGUGUGCCGUGGUCGGCAGGGAAGAAGUCUCCGGGAAGUUCAAAGUCCGUGACGUCUGUUUUCCGGAUCUUCCGCCGCAGACAGUUGACCGACCCAUUCCCGACAAUGACAGUUACGUACUGCUGGUAUCCGGGCUCGGCUUGGAGGCCUCCGGUGACCUGUUCCCAGCUCAGCUGCUCGUUGACCUGGUCACGGGUCAGCUCGGGUCAGAGGAGGAGCAGAAAGAGAUGGCCGCCGUCAGCCGGGUCAUAGUGGCCGGAAACUCGCUGAGUGCCAGCAGCCGAGACAGCCAGUUCCUAAAGCGGGCGGCGUAUCUGACGUCAGACGUGGCGGGCCAAUCGGCGGCCGCCGUCCGCUCGCUGGACGAGCUGCUCCAACAGGUGACGGCCAGCUGCGACCUGGACCUCAUGCCGGGCGAGUUUGACCCGACCAAUCACCUGCUGCCGCAGCGACCCAUGCACCCGUGCCUGCUGCCCAAGGCGGCGGCGUACCGUACGUUCCACGGCGUCACCAACCCGUACCAGGCGGUGGUGGGGGGCCGCAGACUGCUGGGCACCUCCGGGCAGAACGUGCACGAUCUCUACAGGUACAGCGCGUGCGACGACCCGCUGACCUCUCUGGAGCGUCUGCUGACCUGGGGCCACCUGUGUCCCACGGCCCCUGACACACUAACCUGCUACCCCUACUACGACAAGGACCCCUUCACCAUCGACCAGUGUCCCGACCUGCUGUUCGCCGGUAAUCAGACCAAGUUCGCCACCAAAAUGUGUCGAGGAUCACAGGGUCAGCGCGUGCGUCUGCUCUGCCUGCCCGAGUUCCAUCGAACGGCCACCUGCGCCCUGGUGAACCUGCGUACUCUGGGUGUGAGGCGCAUCACCCUCGGCUCCGCGCUGACGCAGAAUGGGGAGGAGGCGCAGCCGGAUAAGUGAUGAGGGAGGGAGGGGGAGAAGGGAAAGGGAAGUGAUGAAAACAGUGAGGAUGUGGUUGAUGGAAUGUCAAGCCGUACAGUGGAAUCGGCUAUGAGAGGGCUGAGGAGUGUGUUGUGUUUCGAUUGUCGGAUAACGACGGAUACUGAGGUAGCGACGGACAGUGAAAGUGGAAAUGGGAUGUGAACAGAUGCAAGAAUGAGCGGUGAUGUAUGCUCGAUGAGAGAUGAACAGCAGUGAGAGGUUUCACUGGGUAGGUUUUCACCAAAACUUUAGGGACAAUAUUGCGUCUAGCGUCUAGCCGUCUUCACAUGUACUUGGCCGCUGUUUUGCUCCUGAUACACCCAAGUGCCGUUUUGAAGCAUUUUUUCAUACUUUAGCUGUUUGCCUCUUUUUUUUUUAAGUCGCUACAGUUGUUCUAAUAUGUAAUGUUGUUCGUUCAAGCUUUGCUGAUGUUGUAUGCAUGUCGUAAACAUCUCAUUUCAUUUUUAUUUCGCAAACCUUCAGCGUUAUGCGGAGGUCUGAGAGUCUGCUCCACAAACUUAGCGAUCUGUGCUUGUUCUGCUCUGGAUCACUAGACAAUAUCAUAACAACACGUCGCUGUGAACCUGUUCAAACCAACCUUUUUUAGGGAACACACUCUUAAAAUCUCUCCCAGUAUUACCGGUUUUGUAAUGGUUUCGAAAAUGUUAGUCUGUGUACAAUACAUGUGUGGAAAUC